UCCAGUGUCAGCUUUCAGGAGUCUGCUGUGAGAUAAGGUGAAAGGCCAGACACUAUCCCCUCCAUCAGGGGCUCCCUCCAUCAGCCUCAGACAGAGCCUUCCCCAUAGGAAGGACAAUGUCAGAUAAUGAUGAGGUACAGAAGGGGUGAAAUUUGGGAAUCUCACAGCACCUCCUGAGGGCAGCAGGAAGAAAGUGUUGGGAUUUAUCUCCACAUCAACACCAAGGGGAUCAAACCCUUCUCUUUAAAAUGAAGCACGAUUGCAUACAUUGUGAGCUAGACCAUGUGUUCUCUGAUUCUGGUCUUCCUUUUAGUCCAGCCACUAGACCCAGAUCAACUUCCCUCUCUGAGCCUCCAUUUCCUCAGUUGUAAGAUGUGGCUGUUAAUAAGUAUCAAGCAGGUGUAUCGUUCAGUGAUGUCAUGCGUGUGAAGCUGCUUUAAAAAUUGUACCCCUUCAGCGGUUGCUAUUGCUGCCUGGCAGAACCAACAGCUGCAGAUCAAAGAUGGUUCGCAGGGCUUCCCUGGUGGCGCAGUGGUUGAGAGGCAGCCUGCCGACGCAGGGGACACGGGUUCGUGCCCCGGUCCGGGAAGAUCCCACAUGCCGCGGAGCGGCUGGGCCCGUGAGCCAUGGCCGCUGAGCCUGCGCGUCUGGAGCCUGUGCUCCUUAACGGGAGAGGCCACAACAGUGAGAGGCCCGGGUACCGCAAAAAAACAACAACAACAAAAAAAGAUGGUUCAUGCAAAUAUGGCGCUUCCUGAGGAAUCUGUGGUCGGUAGAUGCCCUCAAGGGUCAACACAUGCUUUCUUCACCAGGAUUUGGGGAUUUCUGAAUUCCUGCCAGCUUACUGUGUCAGCCAGGAGCUUCUCGCUGGAGUUGCAGGACAGCUGUCACCUCCCCUGGUGCCACCUCCCACUGUGAUGCCAAGGGAGGAAGCCCUGGAGUCAUCACAUUGGGCAGGCCCGGAGGUGGCCUCCAGACCCUCUGACCUGCUUGGGCCAAGCUGAUUCCUACCUGUGUCCAGAGUGACAACCUGAGCUGCCCCUCCCCAGCACUAGUCCUCGUUUUCACACACCCCAUCAUCAAAUUCUCUCCAACUCCUCUGUGUACAGGCUUUGGACUUGGGAAGGAUAAUUCAGGGCCCGUCCCUGAGGCACUUCCAUCUGAGGGACAGACUGACUGUUCUGUUUCCAAACUUGACAUGACUGACCCCCAGAUCUGAGACCUUAGAGCCCCUUCUUUAUCAGCCACCACUACGACAUGAGUAACAUGGAAAUCUCACUAUGUCCUGCACUGUUCUAAGCACUUGAUUUAGCUUACAGCAUUUAGUUAUCACCACACCCUAUCAGGUAGGUUCUCUUAUUAGCCCCACAUUACAGGUGUUAACACUGAAGCAUAGAGAGUUAGGCCACUUGUCCAGGUCAUGCUCCGUUACUCAUCCAGCAUGCUCCGUGCCAACCAGUAGUCCCAUCUAAUUACUCCCCUCCCACCCCAACUCAGAGCCCUUUUCCGACACUUUUUCACAAUUCUAACACAGCUCCAUGGCUAUGAUCUCAUCCCUCGAGGGCCUUAGUACCUGUGAUUUCAUGUUAUAGAGCAGAAUUCUCAAAGAGAAGUCUUAAACUCCCCAGACUCUGAUGACAUUACCCUUGCCUCUGUACACAUUCCCAGAAUUAUAGAAUCCAGUGAUAGGUCCCACAACCAGAUACAAUGAGAAAAUCCUAGAAAGGGAUCCUAGUACCCAGUGAUUGGGCUUUUGAGUCCAGGUUCAACACUAGACUCCUGGGGGAUGCGAUGGGGGUAGGAGUGGAAUCUAAUAGAAUGCCCAGUCUGGGAAGGACCCGGGGCCUUGGGUCUGCUCCAGCCCAACCCAUGUAGGGACUGUCUCUUCUCACUGACCAUCUAAAACUUCAAGAGCUCCUCACUCUCAUGUGGUCAUUCACUCCAGGGCCUCAUCUGAUAUUCGGGAAAGUUAAUGUCAUUGCUAUGCCUAUCAGAACCUGGGGUGGUGGCCCCCUGGCCAGGCAGCAGGUCAUGAGGUCCCGGUCCCGGAUACUGGGUAAAUCGCUAGAUCUCUCAGCGCUUCAGUUUCCUCUUCUGGACGAGCAGGGGCUAGACCAGAUGAUUUCUAGGGCCUCUAACACUCAAGGGAGGAAGCUAAGUCCCAAGAGCUGCCACCUGGCCUCUGAUUAGAACUACUGAUCAUGAUUAUCACUGUGCCGAGGACUUUACACCUAUUUACUCACUUAAUUAGCCCAAGAAGGCUUUCUGGAGGAGAGGAGGUGGAGGACUGGUGUCUGUCUGCAGGACAUAAGGAAGUGGGGAGGGAGGGAAGAUGGCAAGAUUAGCCACGAGGAACUCCAGGGACCUGGUGGGAUAAGGGAGUCUUCCCAUGGGGGGUGAGCUGUUGCUUCCCAAAGGCAGAGGCAGAGACAGGGGCUGGCCAAGACGGCAUGGCCUCUGCACUCCCAGGCACUGAACGUAGCCACAGAACGGAGAGUGGGGUUGGAAGCCCAGAUGCCCAGCUGACCUCUCCCUUGAUCUGUGCCCACAGGACUACUGUGAGCUGAGCCCCUGACAUGUGGGCUGGCAGGGGCCGGCGGCAGGAGGGAGCUGGAUGAGUGCCCGGAGUCCCCAGGCCGAUGCCGCCCCCGGAGAAGAGCCAGGGCCCCCCGGCCCGGGCGCCCGCGGGCCGCGCUCAAGGCCGGCUGCCCGGCCCGCCGUCCCCGGCGCUGUUCUGCGCCUGCGGCCUGUGCGUGCUGCUGGCGGGCGUGAACGUGACGCUGGUGGGCGCCUUCGCUUCCUUCGUCCCGGGGCACAACGCGCCGCUCAUCUUGGGGCCGGCGCUGCUCGUACUGGCGCUCGGCUUCUUCGCGGCCUGCUGCGUGUGUAGCCGCCGCCGCGGGCCCGCGCCCCGUUCGCGCUCGACGGCGGCCGCGGGUCCCUGCCAGGGCGGGGGCGGCGGGCGGGUGGCGCUGGAGAUGGAGAGCAGCGAGCGCACGGCGCAGGACACCACGGCUGUGCAGCUCAGCCCCGCCGCCUCGGCCGCGUCGUCCGGCCGCUCAAGCCCCAGCCCCGGCCCCUUCACCCUGGAUGCCCCCGCGCCCGCAGCCCUCUACGCGCCGCGCGCCGAUGGGGUCCGGCUCGACCUGCCCCGGGAGGGCGUCGCCCCCUAGCCUCCCGGGUCCCCGGCCCUGACUCCCCUGUCCCGGUUCCCUCCCAUCAGUGCCAUUAGGGAAAAAGAGAGGGAGGAGGAGAGACAAGAAAAAGAAAACUUUCAUACGGGUCCGGUGCUGGGCACAGGUGGCCUCCUCUGUCCCAUCUCUGGAACUUCCGGGGGAGGGAGGGGGGAGUGUGAGGAUGGUGUCCAGGCACGGCCCUCAGAGGGUGGGGUCUGCUGGGCCCUAGUUUACCUCACUCCCCAGACGUCCGGAAACUGGGCUACUGGUCCUUCCCUCCCUGGGCACUGUGAGCAGAGCCACUCUGAGGGGCUCUCAGCAAGGCCCGCGCCCCCAACGGGUGGGAGGAAGAGGGGGAGAAAGGAUGGGUUCAGCCUGGGCUGUCUCCUGUCCCCGCCUGCUGAGAAAGGCUGCCCGACCCCCUUCUGUCCCUCCCCGCCCUCCUUGUCUCUACCCCAACAUGACCUUUUGGGAUUAAUGGGGGCAGGAUCUGAUUUGAGCCAGAUCAUCCCUAAGAUAGAGCUGUGUUGAGCACACCCCACCCUUUCUGCCCGACUAGAGCAGGGGGAGCUGAGCUGGGGGCCGACAGGGAGGAGUGGUGAGGGGGCUCCUCCCACCCUGAAGGUCUCGGUGUGAACCGCACUGUGUAUUCCCGCUGUACCUCCCUCGCUCCUUAAUA